AUGCACCGAACAUACCCAGGUGCCCUGGACAGUGUCUCGCGUUGGUUACAGCAGCAGUCUCGAAUGGUGCCCGCCGAACAAGGCUCUCAGCUAAGAGCUUUCAUCAACUUCAACCAGAGCGACGCGGCGCGUUUACAACAGGUUUACGAGGAAAAGCUAGUGCAACGACUCGCAGCUGAACAGCGACUACAGCAGGUUCGUCAACAACUAGCCAGUGCCCAGGCGAGACUGCUCCAGCUCGCCGCUGCUGCUCCUGCUAUCGAGUCGGACGCUGAUCCUGCUGCACAAACCCGCCGGGUAUAUCGCUUUUUCCGCGACGCUCAAACAGCUGUUUAUGGUGACGAGAAACCGGCACGGCGAAGUCGGUACCGACCUGAGCCAGUUCGCAGCGAGCAGGCAGCACCAGCAUCGACUUCUCCGCUUGCAGUCGAUCCGACGCUCGAGCGCGUAUCCAGUGUCAGCAACCAAUCCCAUAGCAGCGGAAGCAUGCCCGAUGCGGACGAUGCUCGAGCUCCCUACGCAAGCGCUUCGCUCGCGGCAAAAGUCACCGAGCCGCCUCCGAGUAUACACUGCGCUAUCAUUGCAAGGGCCAUCACCGCGUAUCGAAAACGACGCGAGGCGCCCCGUCAACCGAACCUGAGCGACUGCUUGCCGCCAGCAACCAUUCGGAUAGCAGCACCAGGAGGCGGAGGCGGAGCGCAGGAGCCAACGAUAUCGAAUAUUCACAUCGGAGACUGGGUCUGGGUCAUCUCCUACCUAGAUCGGAAUCAUGGGUUGUGGCGGUGUCUUGUUCGACCGCCGCGAUACCGUGGUCAAGGCCGAUUAGGGGUCUUUGCGACGAGGUCUCCGCAUCGCCCAAACGCGAUCGGUAUCUCCCUGGUGCAAGUCUUCGAUAUGCAGCCAGCGGUCUCGUCAGCGUCGAACGAGGCGGCCACAGUGGACCUCAUUGUACGCGGUUGCGACCUCCUGAACGCGACACCGAUUCUCGGCAUUGAACCCUAUCAGCGUGCGUUGCACGAUCAGCCGCGAGCGCGAGUUGGUUGGCUCUCGACGGAAACAGCGCUCACGAUGCCCAUCUGGGAUGAUCUGCUGGCAUCAGAGGCAGCACGGGUGCCAGUGCGCGUACUCUCCGACGUGGUUCGUGACAAGCUGCAGUGGCUCGUUGCUCACCUACCGGCAGUGGAUAUCGAGGCUCGCCUGCGCGCCGUCGCCUUUGCUCAACAACAACAACAACAACAACAACAGAAACAUGAACAUGCAGCUGCGAAGACCGGUUCGUCAAUCAACUGUUGGCUACCUCCUGGUGAUAACGGACGAGAUACACUAUGUUUGGGUGCAUAUCGACUCCGCUACCGCUACGAUGAGGCGUCGGGAACGUUCUACGUGCUCGAUAUUCAGUCCGGUUUGCGAGCUGCUGUUCUCCAGAGUCCAGAUGAGCGCCAAACUGACCCGGAAGUUGCCGAACACUGGGCAUUCUGUGAGCGCUUUGAGUGCUUUCCUGCGAGCACGCCAGCACCAACACCAUGA